AUGGGGUCCCCGGCGGCCGCCUCGGCGGCCGCGGCCACCGACUCGGCGCAGUGGCUGUCGGUGAAGGAGGAGACCAUCUUCCUGCACGACGGGCUGAUCCGGGUCACCGACCUGGCCGAGCUGCCCAGCGAGAUCAUUGGGGUGGCCGAGCCCGGCGACACCGAGCUGGAGAUCCUGACCUUCGAGACCAAGAACCCGACGGAGCUGGCGGAGCGCCUGCGCUCGGUGUGCGGGAACCAGAGCAACGCGUACGCGCGGCUGCUGGAGUACCGGCUCAAUGCCCUGCGCGGGCUCUGGAACGCGCAGCGCCAGCUGGCCCUGGAGGAGCAGCACGACCGAGAGAGCUCCGGGGAUGAGGAGGCGCUGGCGCUGCUCAAACGCCAGGGGUUGUUACAGCAACCGGAGCAGGCUCCCUUCACCUCCCGCAUGGGGCUGCUGCUGGUGUUCCCGCUGAUCCAGUCGCAGAGCAGAACGGACCCUGCUCUGUGUAACAUCACUGCUGAGGUGCUGCUGAAUUGCCUUCGGGACUGCCAGCCCCUGAGCCUGACCAAGGAACCGGCUGAUUGCCUCAAUGGGAUCGAGGCCCUGCUCUGCUCCUGGCUGGAGGACGCGGCGCCCUCCGGCCAGCACAUCCCCUACAAGCAGAAGGAAAAUGCUGCUGCUGCUCUGGUUGCCUUGGCUUGUGCAAGAGGGUCGCUGAAAACCUUUGUUCAUACAGUGCAUCUAUUACAGAAACAGACUGAGCUGGGGUCCCUGCCUGUGGCUGAUGUUCUCUACAGGUUGUUGCUUUUGGAGGGAGGCCCUGGAUCCCCCUCCUGCCUGCUUGGAGGGAAGCACAUCGUGUCCUGGGGCUUUGAGGACAUGUUACCUGCCCCUGAUGCCAACACUGGUGCCAGCAGUGAGAAUAAAGAUGCAGACCUGGGCCGGUGCCUUGCAGCCGAUGGGCUCUACCUGUACACGACCAAUUCCGUGGGCAGGGGGAUCAGCAAACUGGGAUCAGGAUUGCAUGGGACUCUGAGGGGGUUUGUGUACUGCCGGAACGAGGAGCUGGAGACGGGCUGGGUGGCUUUUGGCAAUGGCAAACUCCUCCAUCGGCCCGUGUCCUUUGAUAGCAAACCUCACUACCUGUUCCAGCUCGUGGAUCAACAUACCCUGCAGGUAUGUCAGAUAAUCCCAAUGCCAGUAAAUCACUUCCCAGUUGGCAGCACUAUGACCACCGUGCAUCUUUCUUCAGAUGGCACCUUUUUCUACUGGAUUUGGUCACCUGCAAGCCUCAAUGAAAAAACCCCCAAAGGCCACUCUGUCUUUAUGGAUAUUUUUGAAAUUAUAGUAGAAAAUGGCAUUUGUAUAGCAAAUCCUCUACAGGAAAGAAUAAUCCUGAUGAGGAAAGAGGGGGAAUCUGCCAAGAGCAUCAAUGAGAUGCUGCUGAGCCGCCUGUCCCGGUACCGUGCCUCUCCCUCGGCCACCCUCGCUGCUCUCACAGGCUCCACCAUCUCCAACACCCUCAAGGAGGACCAGGCAGCUGCCAACACGAGCUGUGGGCUGCCCCUGAAGAUGCUGAGGAAGACCCCAAUCUACACGUGUGGGACAUACCUGGUGAUGCUGGUACCUCCCCCGGGGGGCUCGGGCAGCUCGGCCACGCGCUCGCUCUUCGGGGGCACCAGUGCUUUGUCCUCCUUAAAAAUUCUUGCCUCUAGCCUGGUGUUCAACAUCUCAGAUGGGCAGUUCACCAGCAGGGCAGAUCUCAUCGAUGCUGCGGGCAGCUCGCUCGGACGGGGAGCUCUGGUGCCAGGGCUUGGUGCCUGUUAUGAUACAAUGAAUAACAUGAUCUGGACGUGCUCCAAUGAUUAUAUUGAUCAGUGGUGCAAUCCUGGGAACCAGGCAUUCCACUGUGUGUGCCAGAGACUGGGAGUGAGUCACAUCAUCACAGAGCCCAAAGGGGAUGCAACAACCACAAAUGAGGUCAUUAACCAGUUACUGCACCAUGUUGGUGCCAUGUGCAUCCACCAACUCAACCUCCUGGCAGCCAGCAGCAACCUCCCCAUCAGCAAUUUCUUGGGCAAGCAGCAUCCCAUUGAGGCCCAUCAUCUGAGCAGCAUCUGUGACAUUAUGGAGAAGGCCAUGGUCAAUGGAGACACCUGCAUCAUCCGCUGCAUCCUCGUUGUCUUCCAGGUGGUUUUUAAAUUUUUCUUCAGCCCCCAAACUGAAAGGAACAGAGACAUUGUCAGAAGGUCUGGGCUGUUACUGUGGCAGUUAUUGAUGGCCCCAAGAGAUCAGAUCUGCUCUGAAAUCCAGAAGGAAGUUUGUCUGGCUAUUAGCUCUGGUUUGAAUAUCCUGUAUCCCGGAGAAGCAGAAAUCAAUAAUUUAUUGAAAUUGGUCUUAACUGAAGGAGAGAGGAACAGUGGCCUCUCCCAGCUCCGGGAUGUUAUCCUGACCAAUUUAGCUGAGCAGCUGCAGAACAACAGAUUUGGAAGUGAAGAUGAUGAUCAUUAUAGACUCAAUGAUGAGCUCUUGCACUACAUCCUCAAGAUUGUUGUCCGAGAAUCUUGUGUCUUAAUCACCAAGUGCCAAACUGUAUCUAAAGAUGACUUUCAAAGGCUUCUUUCAACUGUGCCUGCUGCGUCCUCGUGCUUGCGGUACCUGAUGGCUGUGCAGAACCACCUCCUCAGUAACACUGUUUUGAUUAAACCUGAUGACAAUGAUGACAGUGACAGCUCCUUGCAGGGAGAGACAUUGAAGGUACAGGAACUCAAGACCAGCAUUUUGUCUCUUGCCACACAAAUUCUGACAGGAUGUGAUGAAGUCUUAGAAAUGCUGCAACAAGUCACUACAGCACUAAUUAACAGUGACAUUUCUGACAGGGAACAAAGGUUAAAAGGCCUGGAGCAGAUCACAAAGGCCACCAUGCUUGGCCACCUGCUGCCUGUGCUGCUGACAUCCCUGAUGCACCCAAACCUGCAGACCCUGACCAUGGCUGAUGCCCUGAUGCCUCAGCUGGUGCAGCUGGUCCUUUACACCAGCCAGACUGCACUGCUGCUUAAAACCCAGUCUCCAGUUUUCUCAGAACUGAACAGUUCUCCCAGUUGUGCUCCAGAGCAGAAAGGGAAGCAGUUACCUGAUGAGAGGAUGCUGGAAGAGAAGGAAGAGCCAGGAUUCCUGACUGGUUUGAAGAUCCCUGCUCCCUGGGCUGCUGGGAAGACUGUGGAGACAGUGCAUCCUGUCAGGGAUAAUUAUAAAUUUAAGGAAACUGUCCACAUUCCAGGAGCCCGCUGUUUGUAUCUUAGAUUUGACAACAGAUGCUCCUCCCAGUAUGAUUAUGACAAGUUGGUGAUCUAUGCUGGUCCUAGCACAAACAGUAGGAAGGUUGCUGAGUAUGGAGGCAAUACACUGGGAUAUGGCAGCCGUAGUGUCUUAGGAACGGGGUGGCCCAAGGACUUAGUGAAGUGUUUGUCUCCAUUAUUAAAUAGAUUUUCUUUUUUUUUUUUUUCCCUCCACUUUUUCUGCCGUGGAUAUUUGAAGGUGGAAGGAGACACAGUCACGUUCUCCUUUGAAAUGCGGAGUGGGCGGGAGCACAACACUCCGGACAAAGCCAUGUGGGGCUUUGCCUGCACUGUUCGAGCACAGGAAUCCUCAGAGGAUGUGUCAGGAGGUUUGCCAUUCCUGGUUGACCUGGCCCUGGGCCUCUCUGUGCUGGCCUGUUCCAUGCUGAGGAUCUUGUACAACGGGCCAGAAAUUACCAAAGAUGAAGAAACCUGUCAAGAGCUCUUAAGAUCUAAACUCUUACAAAGGUGCCAGUGGCAGGUGGAAGCCAACGGGGUCAUAUCUCCAGCCCUUACUCCAAGCCCUUCUCCAUUGCCUCUCACCAUAGAGGAGGACAGGGAAUUCACAUAUCCCUCUGAUGUGCUCGUGCCUCCUGUUGGACACUACUUUGAUCUGCCCAGGAUUAGGCUGCCCCCAGGAAUCAUGAUCAAGCUCAGGGAAAUUUCUGGACGUGCUCGGCCUCAAUUUAGACCCAGUAUAAAGGAAGUGAUCCAGCCAGAAGUCAUGGAGGAGAUGGUGGUUUCAUGUGUGAUUAAACAUCUCAAUUUGGUUGAUGCUCUCCAGUCCCUGAUAAAUUUCCAAUAUCAGGAGGAACACGCUGAAGAAUAUGAUUUACUUUGUAAAAUUAUGGGAGAGACCUUUAAGAAGCUGAAUGCCAUGGAGAGACAACUGCAGAGUGUGGCUGAGCUGGAGCAGAAGUGGCAGAACGAGGUGGAGGAUGCCAUGCACGGAAAGCUGGAGAACAAUGUCCCCUUUUUUUAUGAUUAUCACUUCAACGAGAGCAAGAUGAAGGAGCUGGAGCUUCUGUGUUCAAUGAAGGAAGUUUCUUUUGAUGGGAGUGAUCUUGAGAACGUGGUUCUGGCAUUAAGGGAGAAGUUUUUCCAAGAGGUGAAUUCACUGAUCCAGAAGACCUCUCAUCCCUUAGCAAAGACAAAAACCUUGGUGAAGAGCUUGAUGAACAGAGCAGAGCUGUUGUUGCAUGUGACCAUUGCAGCACAGUCUGGAAUCACAAGGAGCAUAUCUGGGACCCCUGCAGAGACUCCAGCCUGUAAAUCAGCCUCUGAGACCAAGGUGAUCUCCCACGCCGUGCGCCAGCCCGUGUUCCUGCGCAGCAUGUCCGCCCCAUCCGACCUGGAGAUGAUUGGCAACGAGGACAUCGAGUUUGCCCGGGCCAGCCAGAGGCGCCGGCACGUCACCAGCCACAGGAGCAGCUCCUUCACCCUGCUCCAGUCCCUGGCCAUCGAGGACAGCAGGGACAAACCCACCUACAGUGUCCUGCUAGGGCAGCUCUUUGCUUUCAUCGGGACAAACCCCGACCAAGCCGUGUCCAGCAGCAGCUUCCUGCUGGCUGCCCAGACCCGCUGGAGACGUGGGAACACCAGGAAGCAGGCCCUGGUGCACAUGAGGGAGCUGCUGACGGCCGCCGUGCGCGUCGGGGGCGUCACCCACCUGGUGGGCCCCGUGACAAUGGUGCUGCAGGGAGGGCCAAGGAUUGAAGAGCUGACGUGUGGUGGGAUGGUGGAGCAGGUGCAGGAGGCUUUUGGAGAGACGAUGACAUCGGUGGUGUCCCUGUGUGCCCGGUACCCCAUCGCCUGUGCCAACAGCAUUGGUCUCUUGUGCACCAUUCCCUACACCAGGAGUGAGGAGAAGUGCCUGGUGCGUAGUGGCCUGGUCCAGCUCAUGGACCGGCUCUGCAGCCUGAGCAGCCAGACAGAGUCCAGCUCAAAUGAAAAACAGACCAAGAAACAGAAGGUGGCCACCAUGGCUUGGGCUGCCUUCCAGGUGCUGGCCAACCGCUGUGUGGAGUGGGAAAAGGAAGAAGGGGGUUCCACAGAUGCUGUUCACUCUGGGCUGGCCAGGCAGGUCUCCAGCCUCCUCACCAACCACCUGGCCAGAGCCACUGAGUGCUGUGGCAACCAGGCUGCAGGGAAUGAUGCACUGCAGGAUGUCCUCAGCCUUCUGAAUGACCUCUCAAGGAGUCAUAUAGGUAAAGCCAUCCUGAGCCAGCCAGCCUGUGUGUCCAAGCUUUUGUCCCUUCUCUUGGAUCAGCGUCCUUCUCCAAAGCUGGUGCUUAUAAUCCUGCAGUUGUGUCGUGCUGCCCUGCCUCUCAUGAGUGUUGAGGACUGUGGAAAUGUGGAAUUGCCUCCCUGGAGUUACUCAGUGCCCUCUCUGAACAGUGAGCAGGAUGAUCCCAGUGACCCAGCCUCCAAGAUUGCCUCCCUGCUGCUGGCAAAGCUGGCAGAUUAUGUCGUGCCAGGCUGCCAGACAGUCCUUUCUCCAACUGCCUCUGAGCCAGAUACUACCUUGGCAAAAGCCAGCCCUAAAAAUUCCAUGAAAGGUGAUAAAGAUCCUGGAGAAGAAAGUGAGGCAGUGGAUGGUAAACUCUCUAUUUUUAUCCAUAAAAGAGAAGAUCAGUCCUCUCAUGAAGUCCUUCAGCCUUUACUAAGUAGCUCAGAAGGUCGCCCAUUCCGACUGGGAACUGGAGCCAACAUGGAGAAGGUGGUGAAGAUGGAUCGGGACAUGACAAAAAGUGGCUGCUGUGAAGUCAUCACAGAAGAAGCUGCUGCAGCUCUCAGAAAGGCAACCAAAUGGGCACAAUCUGGGCUAAUAGUGAGUGUGGGGCCACCCAUAGAGACUGUCAAUCCAGAGAGCACCAGUGGCUUGUCCACUGGGGACAAAAAGAAGACUGCACAAACUUCCAUUUGCAGGGAGAGGAAUUCAGAGCUCGCCAGGACGGAUCCAGUGAGGCCGUUCAUCAGCGGGCACGUGGCAAACAGCAUGGCAGCAGAGGUGAUUGCCCUGCUGCAUAGCCUGCUCAUGGCCCCAGAGUCCAAUGCAGCCCAGAUCUGGACAACAACUGCUGAAAAAGUUCUGUCUCGGGCUCUGAUGUACAUUCCACAGCUUGGGAAAUAUGCAGAGAGCAUUUUGGAGAAUGGGAGUAGCAGUGGAAGGAAACUGGCUAAACUUCAAAGGAUUGCUCGGCAGGCAGUGGCUGCCCUGUGUGCUCUGGGUGGCUUUAAGGAGACAAUUAAAAUAGGUUCUGAAGUUCAGGUUUUAGGCAAAGGAAUAGCAGGAAGCAUUGGAGUUGUGGCAUCUAUUAAUGAGCAAGAAGGUAUAGCCACGGUCAAAUUCCCACCCACCACUAUAGACACUAGAAAGACCUCCCAGGCAUCAGACACUUUAACUAUUCCAUUAUCUAGGCUCUGUGUUCCAAGAUCUGAGGCAUUGCCUCUUCAUAAACUGUCCAUUACUGAGAAGGUAGUACAGGCAGUCCAGUCCAUGUUGCUCCCUCAGGAGGGAAGUCUCUCUAUUCACACCUCACUUCCUGCAACAGGAGAUGGCUCAACCCCAGUAAUGGCAGUGGUCCGGCUCCUUGCUGAAAUAAGAACCAGAGCAUGCCUGGUGAUGGCUCAGUUGUUGGAAGACAGCUCAUUCUGUGAAGAAUUCAUUCAACAGUGCCCAGCUGCUGUGGAAGUUUUGAAUUUGGUGGCCCAGGAGUGCAGCCCUGGGGAGAGGCUCGUGGUUGUGGAGAUGCAGUGUGAGAGGUUACGGAUGUUGUACCGGGACUGUGCUCGGCCCCCUCCUCCUCCCCUGCAGGCAGACAGGAGACAGCCCAAAGAAAUCACGUGGAGCCCAUCCAGGGUGUUCCCUCCAGUGAGAGCCUGCAUGUUCUCCUCACACCUCACUGCUGUGACCUUCCUGGCUGAUCCCAGUGCAGGUGGGGGACUUCCUCGGGGCACCUUUAUCUAUGCCACCUCCCCAGUGCCAGUACAGGCACCGUCAUUCUACUGGGAAAUUGAAGUGGUUUCCUACGGAGAUACAGAUGAUGACACUGGGCCAAUAGUUUCCUUUGGAUUUGCCACAGAGGCUGAAAAACGGGAUGGGGCUUGGACAAACCCAGUGGGCACCUGCCUCUUUCACAACAAUGGGCGAGCAGUGCAUUACAAUGGCUCCAGCCUGCUGCAGUGGAAGAGUGUCAGACUGGAUGUGACUCUUUCCCCUGGUGAUGUAGCAGGAAUUGGAUGGGAAAGAACAGAAGGAACUCCUCCUCCUCCAGGGCAGCCAGCAAAGGGCAGAGUGUAUUUUACAUAUUGUGGGCAGAGACUUGUGCCCUACUUAGAGGAUGUGUCUGGUGGAAUGUGGCCAGUUGUCCACAUUCAGAAAAAGAACACCAAGGUGCGGGCGAACUUCGGCUCGCGGCCGUUCGCCUACGCCGAGGGCCAGGCUCACCGCAACGCAGCCGACCUGUGCCUCGACCUGGCCGAGGAGAUCAGUGCCAACUUCGAGGCCUUGCCCUUUGCCAUGGCCUCUGACAGUGACAAUGAUGCUGGCACAAGCAUUGCCUCGGACCCUGGCACCCACGGGCCCCCCUGCAGGAUCGCCGCCGUCGCCACGGCUCAGCAACAGUACGACAGUGACACAUCCUGCCACUAUAAAAUGGAGCUGAGCUAUGAGAACUUCAUCACCUCAGGCCCUGAUCCUCACCCCCCUCCUAUUGCAGAUGAUGAAAGUGAUGACGAUGAUGAUGAUGAUAUUCCCAGGGAGGAUCACUAUGCCCUCUUGGUCAAAGCCUGGGAGACCAAAGUUUUCCCUACAAUUAGAAGAAGAUUCCGUAAUGAGGCUGAGAGGAAGUCUGGGCUGGAUCAGAUUAAAGGAGCUUUACAAUUAGGAAUGGUAGAUAUAGCAAGGCAAACUGUGGAAUUCCUGUAUGAGGAAAACGGGGGCAUCCCAAGGGAUCUCUACCUUCCCACCAUCGAGGAUAUCAAAGAUGAAGCAAACAAAUUCACAAUUGAUAAAGUACGGAAAGGUCUCACCGUGGUGACUCGCUCUCCUGACAGCAACAACGUCACCAGCAGCGCUGUUGGAACAGCUCUGCCCAAAUUUGCCAUUCGGGGCAUGCUGAAGACAUUUGGCCUUCAUGGGGUUGUUCUGGACGUGGACUCAGUGAAUGAACUGGUGCAAGUAGAGACCUAUCUGCGGAGCGAGGGGGUCCUGGUGAGGUACUGGUACCCCAUUGACAUGUUGGAAAGGCCACCUGCAGGAUACAGGAGGACUGCAACCAAUGGAUUGGUCACCCUGGAUAACACCAACAUCCAAAUUCACAGGGAGCUGUUGAGGAGUGAAGCUGCCCUGGCCAAGCUUUACUGUCGCAUGGCUCUGCUCAAUAUUUUUGCUCCCAAAUCUCCCCACAUGUUCACCCGGCUGUUCCACAUUCCUGCCAUCCGGGAUAUCACCCUGGAGCACCUGCAGCUGCUCUCCAACCAGCUUCUUGCACCACCUCUUCCUGAUGGAACCAUCAGCUCGAGCUCCAUUCUCCUGGCUCAGUCCCUGCAGCACUGCAUCCAUUCCCAGACCUGUGCUGCCACAGACCUCUUCUACCAGGGUAAUUCCCAGGCCAUCAGGGAGUGGCUCACUGUGGCCAUCACUCGGACACUGCAUCAGGGAGAGGAGAGUCUGCUGGACCUCACCAAACAGAUCUGCUCCUUUCUGCAGGCAGCACCAGAACAAUUUCCUGCUGAAGAAUUCCCAAUUUCCGAAUCCAAAGUCAACAUGGAUGUGAAUUUUCCUGGGGCUGCUUUUGUGAUUGUGUCCUGCAAGGAAAGUCAGUCUGGCUUCCGAAAAGACUCGUCCCUGUACAAGGCCCCCUGGGCUCGGGUGCUGGUCUAUGGGCUGGGGCACAAGGUGAAGAGGAACGGGCAGCUGAACCUGAUCGAGGCCGUGUGCUACCCCCGCGACGCCUCCCCCACCAACACCGGCCUCACACCACCCCCCACCACCAACCAGUACCCGGCUGUGAUCACCCCCACAGACAGGGUGCACAUCAAACUGGGAGUGUCUCCUCCUCCUGGAGCUGUAUUGGUCUUGCAUUCCCUGCCCCUGGAAUUCCCCCUAGCAAUGGCAUUCACAGAACAGCUCUUAACCUGGAAAUUAGAAGAUGGGGAUGGAAAAUCCGAAGAUGAACUGGAUAGUAUUCCUGCCUCAGUUCUCUUGCAAGUAGUGGAAUUUUUAGGCAACUUCCUCUGGACAACUGACAUGGCAGCAUGUGUGAAGGAAUUGAUCUUUCACCUCCUGGCCGAGCUGCUUCGCAAAAUCCACAAUCUGGAGCAGAAGAAGAAUCCAGCAGGAUUGUCCUCAUCCAUCGCCCUGCAGCUCAACCCCUGCCUGGCCAUGCUCAUGGCCCUGCAGUCAGAGCUGCACAAGCUCUAUGAUGAGGAAACCCAGAACUGGGUGUCUGGGAAUGCCUGUGGUGGCUCUGGGGUUGGAGUGUCCGACCACGGAAGAUUCUCCACGUACUUCCAUGCCCUGAUGGAAGUGUGCCUGGCCGUGGCAGAAGUCACCUUGCCCAUCAAUAUGAGCGUGACAGCCAAUGUGAUCUCAUCCACCAGUGCCCCAAAUCUUAGUGACUCCUCCUCCUCAUCCUCAUCUUCCCCAGGGCAGACACCACAGAGCCCGAGCUUGCUGUCCAAGAGGAAAAAAGUCAAAAUGAAGAGGGAAAAAACCUCAUCUUCUGGGAAGAGGGCUUCAUCCAGGGCGGCCGAGACAGACGCGGCACUCCUCAGCAUCGGGGGCAGCAAGCCUGAGGACAUGCUGUGGUUCCACAGAGCUCUGACCCUGCUCAUAAUCCUCAGGCACCUGACAAAGAAGGACCCCCAGGGGCUGGGUGUGACCAACGAUGCCGUGGCUGACGCCUGCCAGGCCCUGGUGGGACCCACUGCCCACAGCCGCCUGCUCGUCAUCUCCGGCAUCCCCACCCACCUGGAGGAGGGCACGGUCAGGAACGCCAUCAGGAAAGCCUGCAACGCCCACGGCGGGGUGUUCAAGGAUGAAAUCUACAUCCCUUUGCAGGAAGAGGAUCCCAAAAAAACCAAGGACAAAGCGGAAGGAGGCGAGUGCAGGACGGAGCUGGAAAAGCCGACGGUUUCCAGCAGCGCCGACAGUUUGGACGUCAGCAGCUCCAGCAGCGUCACCCCCGCCAUGAGCGUCAGCGCCUCGGCCUCCACGAGCCAGGCUUCCCUCUGCAGCUCCCAGGGAAUAUCCCGCACUGUCAGUGACAUCUCCGUGGACCAGUUCCAAGCAGGGCUGGAGCUGGCCAUCCCACCCGGAUUGCUGGAGCAGCCUCAUGUAGUGUCCAGCCAGGAGAGUUUAGAUCUUUCCCACUGCAGCACGGGAAGCCUGGGCAGCCUGGGCAGCCUCGGGGAGCCGCUGGACAACGUGGAAACGGCCUCGGUGUCGGACGUGGGCUCCAUGUACACGGUGACAUCUCUGGACAAUCAGCCCCUGCUGGCACGGCCCAUCAAGGGAUUCGCUGUGGUGGAGAUAAGGUCAAGAGCUAAAAUAGAGAAAAUCCGAGCCAGCCUCUUCAACAGCAGUGACCUCAUUGGCUUGUCCAGCCUGGAUGGGGAGGAUGAGCUCAUGGAGAUGUCAACUGAAGAGAUUUUAACUGUUUCCACUGUAAAUCAGAGUUUGUUUGACACCCAGGGGAGCCCAGCACUAGAAGAUUAUUUCAAUGAUAAGUCAAUAAAAGGUGAAAAACUGGUCCCAGGCGCUCGGGAAGUUCUCACAGAGAUCUUUAAAAGCUGUGUCCAUUCAGAACAAAUGCUGAGCCUGACCCCAGCCAAGCCCAUCAAGGUGGCUGACAUUUACCUCAGCAAGGAGCAGAUCAAUUCCCAAACUCCUGGGAACCUUCUCCACAUCUUCUUCACCAAUGUCCGCCCUCCCAAGAAGGUGCUGGAGGACCAGCUGACCCAGAUUUUAAGGAAAUAUGGAGUUCCCAAGCCUAAAUUUGACAAGAGCAAGUACAACAAGGCAGGCAAGGAGCAGCACCCAGUGAAGGUGGUGAGCACCAAGCGUCCGGUCACCAAACCCCCCACCAAAGAGAAAUCCAUGCUCAACAGUGUCAGCCGAACAGCCUUAAGUGAGAAGAAACCCACUGUAAAACCCAAGUCUCCUGAGAAGAGCAAACCUGAGGAGAAGGACCCUGAGAAGUCUCCCACAAAGAAACAGGAAGUUCCUGAGGAGAAGUAUCUGACCCUGGAUGGAUUUCAGCGCUUCGUGGUGGAUCGCUCCAAGCAGGACAUCCGGAGCGUGUGGAGAGCCAUCCUGUCCUGUGGCUACGACCUGCACUUCGAGAGGUGUGCCUGCAUCGACGCCAGGCACGCGCAGAAGGCGUCGCGCAAGUGGAGCCUGGAGAUGGACGUGGCCCUGGUGCAGUACAUCAACCGCCUGUGCCGCCACCUGGCCAUCACCCCCGCACGCCUCCACCCCCACGAGGUGUACCUGGACCCAGCUGAUGCAGCAGAUCCCAGGAUUUCCUGUCUCCUGAAUGUCCCCGUGGAGAGCCUGAGGCUGCGCUUUGCCCUGCUGCAGUCCCUCAACACCACACUGGAGACAUUCUUCCUGCCACUGGUGGAGCUGCGGCAGACCAGCAUGUACGGGAACAGCAUCGCUGCCUUACUGCAGGAGGCCAAAGGUUUAAUCUUUUAUGACACAAAAGUCACUGUCAUGAACAGAGUGCUCAAUGCCACUGUGCAAAGAACUGCUGACCAUGCAGCCCCAGAAAUCACCCUGGAUCCCCUGGAAAUCGUUGGAGGGGAGGUCCGUUCCUCUGAGAAUUCCUACUUCUGCCAGGCUGCCCGGCAGCUGGGCUGUGUUCCCUCGUCCCAGCUCUGCGUCAAACUGGCCAGCGGGGGCGACCCCACCUACGCCUUCAACAUCCGCUUCACUGGGGAGGAGGUGCACGGCACCAGUGGAUCUUUCCGUCACUUCCUUUGGCAAGUGUGUAAAGAGCUCCAGAGCUCCUCCCUCUCCCUGCUCCUGCUGUGCCCCAGCUCUGCUGUCAAUAAGAACAAGGGCAAGUACAUCCUGACCCCCAGCCCCAUCACCUACGCCGAGGAGCAGCUGUUCCAUUUCUUCGGGCAGCUCCUGGGCAUUGCCAUCCGAGCCGAUGUUCCUCUGCCCCUGGACCUCCUGCCCUCCUUCUGGAAGACCCUGGUGGGAGAGCCCCUGGAUCCUGACGUGGAUCUGCAGGAAGCUGACAUCCUCACCUACAACUACGUCAAAAAAUUUGAAAAUAUCAGUGACGAGACAGAGCUGGAAGCUCUGUGUGCUGAAAUCGCCUCCCAGCACCUGGCAACAGAGAGCCCCGACUGCCCCAACAAACCCUGCUGCAAAUUCACCUACCUGAGCCUCACUGGGGAGGAGGUGGAGCUGUGUCCCAGGGGCAGGCACAUCCCUGUGGGGUGGGAGAACAAGGACGUGUACGCGGCCGCCAUCCGGAGCCUGCGGAUGCGGGAGCUGCAGACCCCGGAGUGCAUGACAGCAGUGAGGGCAGGGCUGGGCUCCAUCAUCCCCCUGCAGCUCCUGACCACACUCACCCCCCUGGAGAUGGAGCUGAGGACCUGUGGCCUUCCCUACAUCAACCUGGAAUUCCUCAAGGCACACACCAUGUACCAGGUGGGACUGAUGGAGACCGACCAGCACAUCGAGUUCUUCUGGAGUGCCCUGGAGAUGUUCACACAGGAGGAGCUCUGCAAGUUCAUCAAGUUUGCCUGUAACCAGGAGAGGAUCCCCUUCACCUGCCCCUGCAAGGACGGCGGCCCCGACACCGCCCACGUCCCCCCUUAUCCCAUGAAAAUCGCCCCCCCUGACGGCGCCGCAGGUUCCCCGGACUCGCGGUACAUCCGAGUGGAGACGUGCAUGUUCAUGAUCAAGCUCCCGCAGUAUUCCUCGCUGGACAUCAUGCUGGAAAAGCUCCGCUACGCCAUCCACUACCGGGAGGAUCCGCUCAGCGGCUGAGCAGGAGCAGGGAACGCCUGGAGGUGACUCCGUGACUCUGCCCACUGGAACCCCUUCGGUUCCCAUCCAGCACCUCCCGUGGGAUGGCUUUGGGGGUUAAUUUAUUUCCUGAACCUUCGUUCCCGUUACAGUAAUUCCCACAAGACUUCCAUUUUGUAUUCGUAGACUUCGUGGUGGACUGGUUCUUUUGCUGCCUUGUUUGUGGAAUAUUUGUAGGAUAGUUUAGUAAAGACCAGUUUGUGUAUAAUUUAAUCUGGGGAAAAAAACCUUUCCACCUGUACAUUUCUAAUUUUGUAAUCCACAAUGGUCUGCCCCUGCAAACAACACUGGCAGGGAGGGCAUUCCAAGGCCAGGAGCCCUUGGAGGGGAAGGCUCAUGGAUCACUCUCCCCCGAGAGGUUUUUGAGUACAAAAAUGCCAAGUUUGGGUGUGGGGAGGGAAUCACUGUGUGGGCAGGAGCAGAGCACGGGCAGGAUUUGUGGCACUUGCUUGAGGUUUGAAGCAGGAACUUUGCUGCAAAAACUGUUUUUCCACCUUUCCACCACUUUCCUUGAAAUUUUUUUAAACUCUGACCAAGCACAUGGGGGCUGCCACAGGGAACUGGAGGGUUCAGCUCAACACUUUUGGGAAAAUUUCCAAUAGAACAGUGAAAGGGCCGUGAUUCCAUUGGGUUCCUGCCCUAGAUGUUCUUGAAAGUCUGCUUUGCUUAGCAACAAAUUAAUAUAUUGUAAUUAAAAUAUGAGCAGAACAAAGCAGCUUCUCUCCAAAGGGUGUAAGAUACCACAGUCCAUCCCAAAUGGGUGGACUAUCCUAUUUCCCAGUGAGCUCUCAGAACAACCAGGGGGUGCUCAAACACCUGGAACUCAUUUUUGUACUCAAAAAUCUUUGAUCCAAGAGCAGAUUAUCCUAAAAACCUCUGCCACGUGGCAGGAGGACGCAGUCACCUGUCAGAAGAUAAAGCUCCUGUUUUGUGUGGAAAGCUGGGAUCCGGCUGCGGAGCAGGAACAACUCCACGUUUCACUGCUGUUCUGGGUGGUUCAGAGCAGCCCCUCCACAGGCGUCUCCUCCCUCCCCAGGAUUUCUGGGACACUCCAGCUUUGCUGAUCCCUCGGAUCCCGAGUUCUGAGGAAGAGACCGUCCCGGAAUCCGUCGGCGCUGCCCUCAAGCCGAGUGCCGGCGCGGAGCCGCCCGGGAGGCUCUGGCUGAGGUGACUGAACCUUCAGCUCGGUGUCCCGUGGCUCUGCAACAGCUCCCGGGAAUCCCAAAUGUAUUUAUUGUACAUUAUUGUGAAUAGUGGGAACGCUGAGUGCGUGGGAUGCGGGAGAGGCGGUGCGUGAGUUCGGGAUGGGUGUCCUUGUUCUUCCGUGAGCGAGUGGGAAUGGGAAUGCGUGUGCAGCACUCGUACGUAGUCGUCGGCAGCCGGAGUCUCCCAACCCCGUGGUUAGGAAGCUGUUACCCUCCCAAUGCAUAUUGCCCUGUCCAGGGAACAGAUCCAUGUAGGAAGUAUAUUUACUCUUGAAUCUCGUCCAUUUCCUGGUAGAAGCGUUUAUGUAGCUCAGAAACCACUCGGAGCAAGCGGGAACACCUGGAGUUUACAAAGACCAAGGGAAAACGAAGCCGAAGGGGCGGCUCGGAGCCGGGUUGUUCCCGUGGGGACACGGGGAACGCCGGCUGGAUUCCAUGGCAGAGCUGUGGCCUCGGGCUGGGCUCUCCCUGGGCUUAUCCUGGGUUCCAGUCCCAAAAUACCGAGGGGCCAUCCCGGAGGGCUCCGUGUGCCAGCGGUUCCCAAGGCUCCAGUUCCAGCUGUGAGUAAGAAACUGCUGCUACUGCGUGUGUGCUCCUUGGGGAAGCACAUCCGAGUGGAGCACCCUUGCACCCGGGCGUGUGCUGGAACAUUACUUGAUCCGUAUUUAUUACAGUUAAUUAUUUAUGAUUACAAAUAACGAACUUCUCGUCGCUGCCGUUUGCACCUGGGGGUGUAAAUGAAGCUUCUUCUACAGGACAAAUGUCACACCAAUAACCAACUUCCAUCAACUUUGGUUUGUUCUGGAGAACAGGAUGAGCCCCACAAGAGGACCUGUGGGAGUUUUUUGGCUUUUUUUUUUUUUUUUUAAUUCCGUGCUCCUGGGAAGGAAGUGCUGCAGCCCCCCAGCUGUGGCUCAAAUGGCCUUUUAAUUAAAGCUUUUCUAAUCAUCCUUAAUUCCUCGUGCUUUAAAUGAACUUGACAUUGUCUGUACUAGGCUUGUUUGUCAAAGCAAAGAUUGGUUUGUGAUGACUAUUAUUAUUUUUUUUAAUAUAUAUUCAUUCAGAAUGUAAAAUUAUACUAAACAAUGGAAAAACUCUGGAGCUGGGUAUUAGUUCUAGCUUGGUGUGUGUCCAUCUCGGUUCCAUACACGGCAUUAACCUGUAAGUGCUCUUGGCCAUCGAGUGUACACCUGCAUAAAGGAGAUUCUUAACAUCCCUGGAGGUGUUUGUGUCCUUCUUUGGGGCUUCAGGGAGUGGGAUCUGCUGCUGGAGCUGCCUGAGGCAGAGGAGGAGAACGGGGACAAAGGGAGCUGCAGCUUCUCUGUUGAAAUCUUUCUCUGUUGAAAUCCCACUUUUUUGGGUUCUUUGUGUUAUUUGGAACAAAACCU